AUGGCAGCUCCACUCUACCAAACCGACUCCGGACGCCUCUGGCACGCCGGCCAGAUCCUCCUCGUCUUCGUUGGACUCCCAGCUCGUGGAAAGACACAUGUCUCGCGGAGUGUUGAGCGGUACUUGCGGUGGCUUGGAGUGCGGACGAAGGUCUUCUCCCUCGGCGAUCAUCGCCGCCGCAUGCUCGGUCCCUCCGCCAACCUCCCACCCGACUACUUCCACCCCGAAGGACGAUCCCCAGCGACGGAUGAGUUGCGGGCGAAAGUGAGGAUCACGCUGGAGGAAGAGGUUGCGCGCUACUUCAAGGAGAAUGAGGGACAAGUCGCGAUUUUCGAUGCGAACAACGGUACGAAGGCUGCACGGAUAGCGUUGAGGCAGAAGUUCGAGGCGCAAGGGGUCAACGUCUUCUUCAUUGAGAACAUCUGCGACCGAGAAGACAUUGUCGAGGCAAACAUCCGCUCGGUCAAGAUCAGCUCGCCCGAUUACCAAGGCUGGAACCCUGACGAUGCCGUCAAGGACUACAUGGGGCGCAUCGCCGCGCACGCCAAGCGGUACGAGACGAUGGAGACGUCCGGGGGUCCCUUCGUCAAGAUCUACAAUAUUGGCGAGCGACUCGUCGUCAACAACAUUCGCGGCUAUCUCCAGUCUCGUAUCGUAUUCUUCCUCAUGAACGUCCACCACAAGAAGCGGACGAUCUGGUUUGCGCGGUCCGGCCAGUCCCUCAUCGAGCACUCGUUCAAGGCCGACUCGGACCUAUCGCCGCAAGGAGUCGAGUACGCGAAGAAGCUGCGAGACUUUAUCGUCGCGAAGCGGAAAGAGCUGCUCGAGGAGCGGAUCAAGGCGGGCGAGCAACCACACGAGCGAAGACUCACCGUAUGGACCUCCGCCCGCCGCCGCUGCAUCUCGACUGCCCGGCCGAUGGCAGAACUCGGCUACAAGGUCAUCCAGCGACAACAGAUGUACGAGCUCAACCCGGGCGACGUCGACGGUCUCUCGCCUGAGCAGAUCAAGGAGAAGUACCCGGAGGAGUUCCACAAGGCCGAGCUGGAUCCGUAUGGACACCGCUACCCGCGUGCAGAGAGCUACCACGACUUGAGCGUCAGGCUCGAACCCGUCAUUCUCGAACUCGAGCGCGAACCCGCCGACAUCCUCUUCAUCGGCCACGGCUCGGUAAUUCGCUGCAUCAUGGCCUACCUGCAAGGCUUGACGCCGAACGAGAUCCCCAAGGUCGAGCUGAGGAGGGGCGAUAUCGUGCAGGUCACGCCGAGCGCUUACGGCGUCAAGUUUGUCAACCACUUCUUCUGGCAGUAA